UGAAACAUAAACGUAAUGCAAAACAUCUUCCCAAGUCUGGUACCGGUCCUCUUUCUUUUCAGGACUGCCGGGGGCCGGGUCCAACACCGGCUCCCAGGGCUUCACAGCGGGGCAGCACAACGGCGGCCUGCGCGCCCCUCCACGUCCCCUGUCACCGGGAACGACGCUGGAAAGCGAGGCCCCGGCAAAUUAACAGCCAGCUCCUCCCAGUCCGGACCAGCGGGCUGCGGCGAGGGAGCUGAAUUUACGAGAGCCCGAGGCGCUGCGGCCGCGCUGCCACCGCGGUGGGUCUCGUGUGUCGCUACCAGCGCGGCGAGGCCGCGGUGCUUCCCCGCGCAGCCCCCGCAGGGGGAGCCGUGGUGCCGGAGGCGGCGCAGCGGGCGCCUCUCCUCUCGGCCGCCGCCCGUCGUUGUGCGGAAGGCGGCGGCGGCGGCCAUGGCGCUGUCGGUGGCGCAGCAGGUGCUGGUGUCGGCGGUGCUGGUGCUCUGCGUGCUCGUCGUCAUGCCCAGGAUGUUCGGGGCAGGCGGCGGCCGGGCCGGCAGCUCUGUGCGCGGCGGCCAGGCCGAUCCGCGCCCGCACCGCAGAGGUAGUCCUCAGGCAAUUCAUCAAGCUCGCCCGAAUCCAGGAUAUUCUGAAGGUAGAACUUACCAGGGUAUUCAGCAGAUGAGAAAUGCAAUGGAGAAAGAGAUAAAGAGUGAAAGAACAAGAGGAAAUGGUAGAGACUUAGCCUUUACCCUCAUGCCGUUGUAUGCUCUUGGAGUGGGAGUGUUUGCAGCAUACAAAUUUCUUAAGAUGAAAUCGCAGGAAGAAAGUCUCUCCAAGAAGGAAAAAAAUACAGAAGACAAGGCAAAGGAAACAGAGCACCAGCUUUUAGAAUUGGAGCAGCAUCUAGCACAGACAGAGAAAAUGUUAAACUCUUUAUUGACUCAGUUGGAUCCACUGUCAAACUGUGUUAAUGCUUUAGCUUGUGAGCAGAAAGAUGAAAUAAUGACACAGCUCCAAUCAAUUAGACGACUGAUGAAAGAAAGUGGAUUGGAUAAGUCAGAAAACAAGAUGAAAGAUGUCAGCCACAUUUGUAAUGAGAAACUUGAAGAUCUCAUUCAGUCAUUUGCUGAACAUUCUCCAGAGAAAGAAAUAGAUGACCAAGAAGACAGUAAUGAAGAUUUGCUUGAGCAUGUUGAUAACGAUUACAAAAUAGAAGAGGAUCAAUUAUAUGAAGAAUGUGAUGUAAAUCAGGUUUUUGAGCCAGAUGUGGUGGAAGACCAAGAAAUGAUAAACAAAGAUGUCCUUGAACCAGAAGAGACAGGACUGAGGAGACGUAAUAGAAAUGAAUGAAAUAUGUAAAACAUCCAAAAGCUUAUGUUUUUCUUCACAGUAUGGUAUGCACUUUAAACUGUUUUGAACCAAGUUACAUGCACUGCUGUAUGCUUUAAAAGGAGGGUGAAAUAUUGUCUGUGCUAAUAUCUGUGGCAGUUUUGUAACUGGCUUCAAUGGCAGCAGAAUUUCACUUGGGAUGUUUACAUACUUUUUCUAUUUAUUUUUUCCUAUAGAAAAUAUUUCUGUACUCUCUGUAUAUAAUGGCAUUGUAAUUAUAUCUGAAGCUUCAGUAAAAUAUUGGGAUCUCUUAUAAUUAAAACUAUAAUGAAUAGAUGUUUCCAAGAUGUUUUGUAGCUAGUAAGCUUACUGCAUCCUUUAACUGUGAGUUUCUUGAGUUCAUCAGAGUGCUUGCACUGAUGAGUUUAGCUCUUCAUGAAAAACUUCUCCAGUGAGAAAUGAAAAGAAGUAUGGAGUUAAAUCUCAGAGAUGCUUUCAUAGACAGACUUUAUUUGGAGAGAGAAAUUUAACCACAGACACUACUUCAAAAUAAUUAUGUCUGUUUGCUAAGCCAGGUUUAUUUGUUUCAAAACAAGUCCUAUAACUUCACAUGUGCUGUUGCCUGAGGAUUGAUGUAUAGUUUCAUAUGCCAGUUUGAACCUUAAUACAGUACGUUGGCUCACUUCCAUUUCUUACCCAACUGUCAUCGGUUAAACUCGACAGCUGCCUAUUAACUGACUGAUACCCAUUAGCGAUAUUGUCUGUGUUUUGUAUAUAUAAUAAAAUCAUAGAAUCUGG